AUGUAUAUGCACUGCAACAAGCACAACAUCCCAUACAAAAAAGUAGGCAAAUUGGUAGUAGCCCGGCACGACCAGCGGCCGUAUAUCGAGGGGCUACAAGCAAAGGCCCAAAACCUUUGUUGGCCUGUGCAUUCGUCAUCAGGUCUUCAGAAGACAGCAGCACUACCCACACAGCUGAUAGACGGCGACCAUGCACGCGAAUUGGAGCCGGAUCUCUCGACAGAUAUCGUAGCUGCACUAUGGAGCCCGGAGACGGGUAUUAUUGAUUCGCACGCAUUUAUGGCAAGUCUCGAGAAGGAAAUCGCUGAAUCCGAGGGUGGAGAACUCGUUUAUCAGACACGGGUCGUGAGGGUGGAUCCACACCAAGAGGCUCGUGGAUGGGUGGUGCAAACGUUAACUGGCAAGAGGGAUGGGGAUGGAGGAGACGCAAUACUGGCUGGAACUUUAAUCAAUUGUUCAGGGCUCUCUGCGCCCUUCAUUCUCAACGCACUACUUCCGAAGGAAUCCCGCAUACCCAUGUACUACGGACGCGGAUCAUAUGCGUCAUACAAAGGUCCUGGAGUCAAGCACAUCUCGCAUCUUAUAUACCCGUGCCCUGACACCGGUCGCACCGUCCACGGUUUCCAAUCGUUGGGAACACACCUCACUCUCGACCUGCAGGGCAAGAUUAGGUUCGGACCUGAUCUCGACUGGUUGGAUCCGCAUAUCGAGGGCAACAUCAACGACCCAGACUUUUGGCAGAAGUGGCUCAUUCCUGAUGAUUCUCGACUGGCCAUGAUGCACGCCGCUGUGAGGGAAUACUUGCCCGAAGUCUCAUUCGAAGGCUUCCAGCCUGAUUACUGCGGUGUGCGACCAAAGCUGGUUGGCCCAAAGGGAGGAUUCAGGGAUUUUGAGUUUCGAGCCCAUUAUCCGGAAGACUUUCUAGGCACAUUUAGGGGGAAGGACAAGCGGCCCAUGAUUACAUUGCUAGGCAUCGAGAGCCCCGGGCUAACUUCGAGUCUUGCGAUAGCGGAGAAAGUCGUAGAGGACAUACUUAUCAGAGAAAAUGGGCAUGUAGCGCAAUAG